CUCUCGCGAGUGCGCUGGUUCUGUGGAACUAGAACUCUGUUGCACGAGAGCCAUGUCUGCGCUGUGGAAAUUAAUUUCGGGCUCCAGCAAAGCCGGCGCGUGCGGAAGGCACAUUCUGGAGUUCGCGUCACACGACGAAGCUGCCCUGUGUAGGCAGGUGCACGCAUCCCCCGCGCUGCAGAAGUCUCCGGACGCGGCGGCCAUGUCGCGGCAGCCGGGCAGGGCCGGCCUCCGGACUUCGCUGCCGCUGACCAAGCCCAUUGCGGACCGCUCAGCCGCGCCGCCUCCGGAGCGUCCGCAGAUACGCAUCGAUCCCAGCCUCCUAAAUCUGCAGGAGACGACCAGCCAACAAUCGAGGAAUCGUCCCGGUAGAGCAAAAAAUCAGUCCAAGGAUUCCACGGAUAAAUGAACAAAUUUUAUGGACCUCUAUGUGUAUACGUGUAUGUGACGUACACAGUAUAGUACAGAACCAAAGACCUCCAGCACCACGGUCCCACUGAAGAAGAAUCUGCAGCAACACAUCAGUAAUCUGGAAGAGACAAAGAUUACGCUGCAUCCGACCUGUUGUUGAUACCCGAAGACGUCUUCCUUCCUCCAGUGCUAUAACGAUAAAAACUAGCAGAAAC